AACAUAGAUACGAGCUUUUAUUUUCCUCUCUACUAACCUCUAUUUUCAAUCACACAAAUCACAGGUCCACAUAAGUUUAUAAACGAUGUAGAAGCUUUGGAGUGCUUCACGGAGAAACGGCAAAUAAACGAGUGGCUUUAAACCAUCGAUGCCGAGGGCCAGCGGCCGUGUGAUGCGCGCAUAUGUCUAGACUCGGAGGUACCCAGGUUCUGGGCACAGCACAGCAGGUGAAGAGGACAACCGCCGAGCACACGGCGGUGCUUAACUUUGUUGGUGCCAAACGCAGCAAGCUGUCGUCUGCGGUCUCGCUUACAGAGAUCGACGAUAUCGAGAAGAUGACGGAUACGGCCGCGGCGGCCACGGCCACGACCGAUACCACACAGAAGAGGGCGAAUUUUUCGGCGUUGACCGUUGCCAAUCCGAAUGGCGUAAGCAAGAUUUCGCCAAGCUUAGCAAGUGCAAAGCCUGGCUCCGCGAGGAAGCUUGUCAUCAAGAAUUUCAAAAAUAAACCAAAAUUGCCAGAAAAUUAUCAAGAACAAACAUGGGAAAAGCUGCAAGAAGCUGUAAUUGCCAUACAAACAAGCAAAAGCAUUCGUUAUUCUUUAGAAGAACUUUACCAAGCUGUUGAGAACAUGUGUAAUCACAAAAUGGCAUCAACUCUUUAUGCUAAUUUAACAAUACUGACAGAAUCACAUGUUAAAGCUAAUAUUGAACAGUUUUUGGCAGAAUCCAUGGAUAGACAUAUAUUUUUGAAAAAAAUGAAUGAAUGUUGGCAAUCACAUUGCAGGCAAAUGAUUAUGAUAAGAAGUAUCUUUUUGUACCUGGAUAGAACAUAUGUGUUACAAAAUCCAAGUAUAUCUUCAAUUUGGGAUAUGGGAUUACAUUUGUUUAGAUUACACAUAGUACUGAAUAAUUUGGUGCAAACUCGUACUGUUGAAGGGUUACUUAUGUUAAUUGAGAAAGAACGACAAGGGGAUACAGUGGAUAGAACUCUUUUAAAAUCGUUAUUAAGAAUGUUGUCUGAUUUACAAAUUUACCAAGAGGCCUUUGAAUCUAAGUUCCUGGUAGCAACAGAGAGAUUGUAUGCAGCAGAGGGCCAAAGGUUAAUGAAUGAGCAUGACGUUCCUGAAUAUUUAGCACAUGUAGACAAACGCCUACAAGAAGAAAAUGAACGUUUAUUACAUUAUCUUGAUACAUCAACAAAAUGGUCUCUUAUACAUACGGUUGAGAAACAAUUAUUGUCCGAACAUAUUUCAAGUAUUCUACAGAAGGGUUUAAGUGGUUUAUUAGAUGAAAAUAGAAUUAGCGAUUUAUCAUUACUUUAUAAUUUAUAUAGUCGAGUAAAAAAUGGUCUCGUCGAACUUUGUCUCAAUUUUAAUUGUUACAUAAAGAAAAAAGGUAAAACAAUAGUUAUAGAUCCAGAAAAAGAUAAGACUAUGGUACAGGAACUCUUAGAUUUUAAGGAUAAAAUGGACAAUAUUGUUAAUACGUGUUUUCACAAAAACGAAAAAUUUGCUAAUAGUUUAAAGGAAGCUUUUGAAGCUUUCAUAAAUCAAAGAGCAAAUAAACCUGCAGAAUUAAUAGCAAAAUUUGUCGAUUGUAAGCUACGCGCAGGUAAUAAAGAAGCCACGGAAGAAGAAUUAGAACGAUUAUUAGAUAAAAUUAUGGUAUUAUUUCGUUUUAUACAUGGAAAGGACGUAUUCGAAGCUUUUUACAAAAAAGAUUUGGCAAAACGUUUACUAGUAGGUAAAUCUGCAUCUGUUGAUGCUGAAAAGUCGAUGUUAUCUAAAUUAAAACAAGAAUGUGGUGGAGGAUUUACAAGUAAAUUAGAAGGAAUGUUCAAAGAUAUGGAACUAAGUAAAGAUAUUAAUAUUGCUUUCAAACAGUAUGCAGGAAAUCUGCAACAUGAAUUAUCUGCAAGUAAUUUAGACUUAACAGUCUCAAUACUUACAAUGGGAUAUUGGCCAACAUAUCCUGUAAUGGAAGUUACACUGCCAACAGAAAUGGUGCAGUAUCAAGAUGUAUUUAAUAAAUUUUACUUAGGAAAGCAUAGUGGAAGAAAGUUACAAUGGCAACCUACUUUAGGACACUGCGUUUUAAAAGCUUGGUUUAAUCAGGGCAAUAAAGAACUGCAGGUAUCAUUGUUUCAAGCAUUAGUCUUAAUAUUAUUUAAUGAUGCUGAUAAUCUUUCAUUGGAAGAUAUUAAAGCAGCAACUAACAUUGAAGAUGGCGAACUUAGAAGAACUUUACAAUCUUUGGCUUGUGGGAAAGCUAGAGUUUUACAGAAACAUCCACGGGGAAGGGAUGUCGCUGACAAUGAUAGAUUUGUUUUUAAUGCGGAAUUUACGAAUAAAUUAUUCAGAAUUAAAAUAAAUCAAAUACAAAUGAAAGAAACGAACGAAGAACAAAAAGCAACAGAGGAAAGGGUGUAUCAAGAUAGACAAUAUCAAAUAGAUGCCGCGAUUGUCAGGAUUAUGAAAAUGAGAAAAACACUUACGCACAAUCUCCUUAUUAGUGAAUUAUACAAUCAAUUAAAGUUUCCUGUUAAGCCUGCUGACUUAAAGAAGCGGAUCGAGUCACUUAUAGACAGGGAUUACAUGGAACGGGAUAAAGAUAACGCAAAUCAGUACAACUAUGUCGCGUAACCUGAAUCAAAUGCCAAAAUUACGUCAGAUUGGUUCAAUUUUACAUUUUCUAGUAAAAUGAAUCAAUUAAUUUUGGCGCUUGCCUAUUGUGAAUGUGUAAAGUUGAAGAAAGAAACAAAGAACUCUAACUGGUUAACUGUCAACAUGACGUUGCAGCACACAAUCAGUUCAUAAAAAAACCUAGAAUGGACCUCAUUGUUUUGUUUUUUGUAGUAGUGCAUACGGACACUGGACAGUUACAGUAAUUUUUCAACAGUGCUUUACUGUUAUCCUUGUGUUAUUUCUAGAUUUUGCUAAAAAGGACCAUGUGCAAAAUAUCAUCGAUAAUGCAGCAAUUUAAGAUGUACCAACAAUUUUUUAUGCUAAGCAGUUUUUCACAGCAUAUUAAAAGAUAAGCAGAUGUAGUGCAAAACAACAAACAUAAUGUAACACUGUAAUAGCUACAAUGAAAAUAAUUUAAGAGAUGAGAAACAUAAUGUACUAAUUCUUUAAAAAUCGGCGACAGUGCGUUAAUUAUAAUAGAUUUAAACUUUGCACCAUAUACAACUUUGGAGAAGUUUGGCUUAAAUAUUCAAAAUUAUCCUGACACAUAAAACUAAUAUUGAAAGUUAAGAUUCUGGAGACCAGAUUACACUUACGAAUCUCAGUUAAAGCAAGGAUAAUAACUGUUUACAAUAAUUACAACAAGAACUUAAUUUUACAGUUGAAUUUAAUAGGCAUUGUUGCAGCUGAUUUUAGGUAUAAAAUAAAAUAAAGAUUUGUACAGUGGAAAAAGUAUAGAGGUAUGCAAGAAGUAUUUUUAAUUUACUUUUACUAACACAUCGUGUAAAAAGUUUAAGGAAAUGUAGAAAAAAAAAUCCUUUUAUUGAGACGAAAUAAAUUUCAUUUGAACAGAUUA